AUAGACAUGGACACCUGGUCGUCAUUGGCAUCCACUACAAGGGGGACAAUUGCAGUAUACAAGCAUUUUCAUAGAAAGUUGAGCAGAAGGAAAAUGUGUGUUAUCCCGGUAACAGAGAUAACAGCAGCCUUGAGAGGAGUAUUAAGCAAAAUCCAUUAAACAAUUUGGGGGAGCUUCACAAAGAGUGGACUGAGGCAAGAGUUAAUGAAGAUUUACACCUGAUGUCAAAAUCCUUGUGUCAAACUACUCCCAUCUGGUUCAAAGUCCUCUUUGUAGAUGAAUGUAAAGUUUGCAUUUAAUUUGAAAAUUGAUGCCCCAGAGUCUUGUUGAAGAGUGGAGAGACAAUUUCCACAGUUGGUGAUGAUUUGGUGCAUGAUGGUAUCAGGUUGUGUUGAUCUACUGGCUGAUCACUUCCAUGGUAAUGAGUGGAAGACGAGGUUUGAGACACAAGUAGAACUAAAUGGACAGCUGGAGAGACAGAUUUCACACAUUCAGCAGAGGCUGGAGAGCAUCAAAGGAAACCCCGUUGAUCGAUUGGCUUUUAUCCGAUUAUACGAAGACAUGGGACUUGAAAUGCUUAAAGAACACCUAAUGGUCCUGACUGAGGAGAAAACUGACCUCCAUAAUCAGCUGAAGAACUGCCAUCUUCAAAUGGAACAGGAGGGAAAGGCUUUCCAUAAAACCAAUGAUGAAAGGCGGGCAUAUCUUACAGAAAUAGCUAUGUUGUCUUCUGUCCGUGAGCCGCAGAGACGACAGUACUCCAAUCAGCGACAGGGGGCACCAGAGAGCAAACAGAUCAGAGAAAAAGAUGUCUGUAGGAAAGCACCAGCUGGUUCGAACAAAGGAACGGAGGAGGGAUUAACAGAAUGUUUGAAUGAAGGCGGAGGAGGAGGUGGUGACUCAACAACAGAGAGAGGAAUGAAGAAGAAAUCCCAAAGGGAAAGCAGGUUACCUACCCUGAAGCAUCGGGGAAAACAUAAUCCUUAACCAAAAUCUGUUCCCAUGUAUAUUUGCAGGUUUCUUUUAUUGGGGGCAAUUAUCCUUGUACAUUUCUGUCAGCUUUUUGUUUAGACUUUUAUUUAUUUUCUCGAAGUCCGUAAUAUAAUGAUUUAAAUACUUAUAUAGUGGUAUGAACCAUCAGAAAUCCAACUUUUCUUACACACACAGGCAGAUAUUUCACUCUUUUACCAAGACAUUUACAAAAGUCUUUCAUUGUGACUUAAGAAUGAGCUUAAGCCAGUUGACGAGUUAGCUGGUGUUUUGGAACUAUCUGUUCCUGGAAACUUCAAUGACAGAGUUUUGCAACGUGGGACAUUCACGUCAAGGACUACGACUGUCUCUACUUUGGGUCACCUGCUCUGUCAUGAAGAGCCCAAAACUUAACGUUUACUUUAAUUUAUUCUAAUUCAUGCACCUGUGUUAUAGAUGAAACCCUGUUCAAUAAACAUGAUUAGUGUUUGUUCUGUUACCAGCUCAGUUCUAAAUCCAGAAAGCAGGAUGUUUGUAGUGAGAUUUCAAGAUAGAAAAAACUACGAUGAAAACCAUCUUCUAUUCAAGACAAUAAAAGAGCUGAUUCAACCAGAACAAAAACAAGUUUGUUGGGAGAAAAUAAACAACCUUUUCUGAUGUAAAGUUAGGCUCUACCUAUUAGUUCAAUCUAUGGUGAUUCUGGUGCUGGAAGUUAAUGAAAUUAAGGAUUCUUCCUUUUAAUUUUCCUUUCUUUUUCUAUUAACAUUUUCCUUCAGUUAAGUGAGACAGCAUAAAUCUAAAUUACAUCUGGAAACCCUGCUUUUGAAUUUUAUAGACCUUUGAUACAGUUAGAGCUCUAUUCAGCUAAUAAUACUUUGACCCUUCAUUCUCAAGUCCCUUUGAAAUGUUUAAGUAGUUCCAUGUUUUUGUUGCUUUUACUUAAUUCAUUAAAAAUAUUCUAAUAUUUCAAAUUA